UUUUAUGAAAAAAAAAAAAAAACACAAAAAGAAAACAAAACAUAAAUUUCUUAUUUUUUAUUUCUUGCUUCAUGUUUGAAAAAUAAAAAUUAGAAGAAACAUAAAUAAAAAAUCAAAUGGAGAGCAAUCAAAUUUCUAUUGAAUGUUCACUGGAGACAUUCAUCAAACAACAAAACGAUAUAGAAGAAUAUGAAGACGACAUGAUUGAAGAAGUUCAAAACAGUGACCCUUUGGACUAUUUGGACGAGGAUAACAAUGAAUUAGACGAUAAUAUUGAAUUAGAGGAGGAUAUUAAAUUCGAUCAUACUUCCGAAGCCAAUUAUUCAGAUGCUAAUCAACCCAGAGACGUUUGGUUUGAAGCUCCAACAAGGCUGCUUCUAAAAUGUAUAGAAGAAAUGCAACCAAAAUUAGGCAAAACAUUUGCCUUUAAAAACAAACAAAAAAUGUGGCAACAGAUCCAUAAAGUCAUGGUUGCAGAUGGCUACACUUUUUCAGUUGCACAAGUUCAAGGAAGAUUUCGUAGUCUUGAACGUCGCUACAGGCGAACGAAACAACUAGAACUCAUAAAUUCAGACAGAAAAAGGCAACCCUUCUUAUACAAAGAUGAAGUUGAAAAAAUUCUUUUCAAAAAUAAACGUAAACGCCCUGAAUAUAUACUUGAUAGUAAAGAAAAAUCAGGUACAUCUAAAAAAGUAUUAACUGGUGAAACAGGUUCGAGCGAAAAAAGUUACACAUAUUCUUCAGGUAUAGAAGAUUCCGAUGGACCUGUUAUAAAAAGAAAGAAAAAAACUGAGACCUCUCAUGAAAAGUUAUGUAAAUGCCUUCAGAAUAUAGACAAACGGCAAGUGGAUUACAACAGAGAAAUGCUUAAAAUACUGCAGAAAAAAAAUGAAAUUGAAGAAAAGAGAAAUGAAAUUUUGGAAAAAAUAUGUGAGAAACUGACAAAACCAUAAAAUAAUUAACUAUUUAUUAUUUAUUGCUUUAUUUUGAUACGAGAAACUGGUUGGAGAUUGUAGGUAUUACAAAGGAAAGAUGUUUGCAUAGAAAGCACCAGACAAUGGGAUUGGGAAAGAUUUAGUUUUCUUAAAAUAAAACUGCUCUUUUAGCUAAUUGACCU